AAGAUCAGCAUCUGAGGAAGAGCAGAGGUCUACGACGGGACGGACAUUCGCCGUGGAAAGAACAAUUAAUUACUUUCUUUCGCCCACUGCUGCCGUUCUAGCAGCUACCUAGGUCUCCCGACCCAAACUUCACCCACUCACCCAGCACUCACCAUCGGCACAUUCAUCAUGCCAGCCGAGUUCGAUCCAAACGUGUGGUACCACAUCUCCGAAGAACGGGUAGACGAAGUCGGCACCCGGCUCUCCCACACCCUGCAAACCACAAACGGGGGCCUCCGCGUCUUCCCCAUCGUCGACCAGCGAUGGCAGAUGCAGCCCGUCGACGACGAGCCGGGCCGCUACAUCAUGCGCCUCAGCAGCUCCGGCGUCGGGAACCACCUCGCCGCCUGCCACGACCCGGACGAGGUGGCCUCCUCCCGCACCGUGGCCUGCCUCCAGCGCGCCUCGCUCCACGACUCGCACAAGUGGUACAUCGAGGACUGGGGCGACGGCGGCUACAAGAUCUCCAACCUCGCCAACGGGACCGAUACCGUGCUCGACGUGCACCCGGGGUCCAACUUGUUCUUGAAUGAUCGGAUUGAGGGGGAGACGUCGGACGCCGAGCAUCCGGCCCAGCAUUGGAUCUUCUCGAGCGCGAGGGAUGUGAAUGAUGGCGCGUGGUCUACCAUCUAUGCCGGGGAAACCUCCUCACUAGUCUCAUCACCAACACCAAGCUCCUCAACCGAUGUAAGCGCAGCGACAUCAUCGGACGCUGUACCAACCUCAGACUCCACCAGCGCCUCCACCACCCCAAUCCCAACCGCCCCAGUCGACGAACCCUCCACCUCCUCCACCCCCUCGUCCUCCCCUUCCUCCUCCUCUUCGGAAGGCCUCACCGCAGGCGCCGCUGCCGGAAUAGCCGUCGGCGCAACCCUCGGCGUCGUAGCCCUCCUAGCCGGCCUCGCCUUCCUCUGGUGGCGCCGGAGACGCGCCAGCGCCAACGUCUACCCGUCACAAGGCGGCGACAGCGACAGGGCCGAGCUGGCCGCCGGUAAUAAUCCCAAGGGAGGAGGCGACGGAGCAGCAGCAGCAGCCGGCAGCAGCCCGUCGGCGCACUCUGGGUUCGCGCACAGCGCGGUGACGGCCAUGAGCGCGGCCGAGAAGGACGCAUUGUUGGCCUGGGCGGCGGAGCAGUUGCGAACCGGAGGAGGCAAAACACAGAUCCACGAGGCGCCCAACAUGUAUUCCGAGCUCGAUGGUGCGUCCCCUGCGCGUUCCGGCAUGAAUAGCCUGCAGAAUACGCCGGUGUCCGGGUAUUCCCAGUCGAGGUAUGCGUGAGGCGGGAGGCGGACGCGAAAAGAAGGGGGGGGGGGGGGGGGGAUGUUAAUGGGAAUUCGGGGUGUUCGGGGAACGUGAAUCAUCACGGAGAGUU